AUGUAUCGAAGUGACUAUUAUUUGAGUUUAAGUGGUGAUCUUAUGUGCCGAUAUGAUCGAAAAAUGGAAAUUAUAGACAAUGUAGACCCCUAUGCAAUUCCAAUUGAGAAAUGCAAGCUUAAUCUUCACAAACUCCCCAAUAUUACAAUGAUGGAUCUAGCUUAUAAAAGCUUGCAAGCCUACAAGCAGUUUGAAGCUGGCUUUGUUCAAGGGGUUUUGGCAAAGCAGUUCAACGAUGAAGCAUUUGUUGUCAUUGCGAAGGUUCAACACUCUCAAAGAAAGAGGGAAAAAUUACAUAAGGUUUGGGUGAUUAUCCUUAAGGAUACGAAUAUUUCUAGUGCCCACUGCACAUGCAUGGCUCGCUUAUCAGAAGUUUGCAGUCAUGUCUCGACAGUUCUAUUCUUUUUACACGCUCGUCCAAAUACCUUGGAAGACAGUGGACCUGGCCCAUCCUGCAUUGAACAACUUUCACUUUGGCCAGUUCCUCCAAUGAAAAAAGUUGAAAUGCUUCGAGAACAUGCUCUUUGUCUGGAUAAAGAAGAACUUUGUACUCUGCUGACCAAACUUCAGGAAAUCGAUAUUCAGCCUGCAAUUUGUCGAUUAUUGGAGAUGGCAAAUAGUGUCCCUCAAAAUUUGCCACGAAGUUCAGACAAAUGGUAUUCUCCAAAUAUGGACCAAUGCAAAGCUAUUGAGGCAACAACUCGAGAACAGUCUCAAAAUAGCACCUGGUUCAAAUACAGAGCCGCAAGAAUCUUUGCUUCUAGAUGCAAGGCAGUUUGUAGAACAACGAUCGAUAAGCCUUCCUUAACGGUUGUGAAAGGUGUUUGCUACCCACAAAAGUACGAGAAAUAUUAUAAAGACCAACAUACCAACUUUAUGUUGUCAGCAAGUGGAUUUAUAAUAUCCCAAAAGUAUUCUGAAGUUGGUGCAUCUCCUGAUGGUUUGUGGUGUCAUGUUCCUGUUGUGAUUUGGGGUGUCGAAGACGAAGUCGAAUGUCCAUACCUAUUAGCAGAUGCAACAAGCUUCGAAGACUUUGCCUCUAAAAAGCAUACCUGCCUAACUUUCAAUUUUCAAUGA